AUGUCUAAGAUUUCGACGACACAAAUACACAAUAUCGGGAGAUAUAGAGAAAAUGUAUCGUCAGAUAUGGGUAAGCAUUCUGAUUUUCAAAGGAUAUUAUGGCGGGAAUCACCUGAAGGUCCAGUCAAACAUUAUCGCCUUCUUACAGUCACUUAUGGCACGACUUCAGCACCUUUUUUAGCAGUUCGCUCCCUCCAACAGGUAGCACUUAAAUCCGCUCUUUCACAUCCUGUUGCUUCGUCGAUUAUCCUCAACGAUUUUUACGUAGAUGACGUAAUGACCGGGGCAGAUUCUAUCGAUGAGGUGAUCAAGCUGCAAGCUGAUCUAGUCGAAUUAUUAGAAUCUGCUGGCUUCCAUCUCAGAAAAUGGACAACCAACUGCUGGCCUUUGCUUUUGUCAAUACCAGAGGAACAAAGAGAGCUGUCUCCAGUGGAUUUUGAGGAAUCGAGUUCAGUUAAAUUAUUAGGAUUGCAAUGGUGUCCAUCGAGAGACUGUUUUUCCUAUAAGGUUCGCUUGGAAACUGUCACUAAACGUCGAAUACUUUCGGAAGCAUCUAGAAUUUUUGACCCAAUCGGAUUUUUGGCCCCAGUUGUUGUUGGUGUGAAAAUAAUAAUGCAGAACCUCUGGAAAGAAAAGUUAUCUUGGGACGAAGUAGUUCCAGAGCAUCUGGUCGAUCGUUGGACAUUAAUUCAUCAAGAUCUUCAUCAACUUGAAAAUUUAAGUAUCCCUAGAGUAAUGUGGUCGGACAAAAACAAUUAUGAACUACAUGGCUUCUGCGAUGCUUCUUUAGACGCCUAUGCAGCCGUCGUUUAUUGCAGAAGUGUUAAUCCAGAUGAAAGUGUAUCGGUUUCUUUGGUAGCAGCUAAAACUAAAGUAGCACCCAUCAAAAUAUUUUCGCUUCCCAGACUUGAACUCUGUGGAGCUCUUCUUUUAACCCGUCUAAUAAAUAAAAUUCAGAUUUCUUUACAGGAGAAAGAAUCUAAAAUCUUUGCUUGGACGGAUUCAUCUAUAGUUCUCCAUUGGUUGUCAGCAGUACCAAAAAGAUGGUCGGUAUUCAUUGGCAAUCGAACCUCGGAGGUUUUGUCUUCAUUACCUCGUAAGAUGUGGAAUCACGUACGCUCGGCCAGCAACCCGGCAGAUAUUGCUUCUCGUGGUAUUUCACCAUCGCAUUUGUGUUCAAAUGAGAUGUGGUGGAAGGAACCUCAUUGGUUAAACUUGGACAGACAUUUUUGGCCUAAAUCACCUCCCGUUCCGGAAGAAUUUUCAAAAGAAGAGCUAGAAGAGAGAAAAUUACCUGGAGGCAAGACAAAGGUAUUUGUAUGUUAUUUAGAAACAGACAAUAUUAUGGAUCCAGUUAUUGUAGAUACAUUGAUUAAAAAUGUAUCUAACUGGAAUAAAAUUAUUCGUGUAGUUGCAUAUGUGCGCCGGUUUUUACGUAACUAUGUACGAGACAAAAAAUAUCGAACUGUUGGACCUUUGUCUACAAAAGAACUUUUACAUGCUAAAAUUGUUAUUAUAAAAAAGGCGCAGUAUUCGUUGUUUUCGUUCAAAAUCGGUCUUUUCAAGAGAAAUAAGCCUUUAUCAAAGAGAAAUAAACUUGUGUCGUUAAGCCCUUUUCUCGAUGCUUUUGGAGUGCUUCGCGUUGGAGGUCGUAUUCAAGAGUCAACUUUAAGCUAUGACCAAAAACACCCUGUAAUUUUGUGCAAAGCUCAUCCCAUUUCAACUCUUAUAGUAACUUAUAAACAUAACCAAUAUUUGCAUUCGGGAGUAACAUUAACCUUUUCUUUAGUAAAAGCGAACUUUUAUAUUCUUGGGUGUAGAAAUCUGAUCCGUAAAAUUGUACACAAAUGUAUCGUUUGUUUCCGUCAACGCGUUACAACUUCGCAGCAACUAAUGGGCAAUCUCCCAUUUGAUCGCGUUAUUUAUUCACGACCAUUUAGUAAAGUUGGAUGUGACUACGCCGGUCCGAUUACGUUGCGUUCAUCUCGAUUACGAAAUGCUAAAUUGGUUAAAUCGUACAUAGCAUUAUUCGUUUGUUUUGUUACGAAGGGAAUCCAUCUCGAACUAGUAGGAGACCUCUCGACAAAUGCCUUUUUGUUAGCCUUAGACCGAUUUGUUGCGCGUCGCGGUAAACCCAGCGAAAUUUGGAGCGAUAAUGGUACGAACUUCCACGGCGCAAAACGAACUCUGGAUGAAAUGUACAAUCAACUUCGAAGUCAACACCAUAACACCAUUGUAGCUAAUCACCUGUCAAAGGAUGGCAUAAGCUGGAAAUUUAUACCUCCUGCAGCCCCACAUUUUGGAGGCUUAUGGGAGGCAGGUGUAAAAUCUGUCAAGACCCACAUCAAACGUGUUAUUGGUGAGAUGUACACGUUACUAGCAAAAAUCGAAGCUCUUCUGAAUUCGCGUCCCAUGUGGCAUGUAUCAGAUAGUGAACCAACUGCAUUGAGUCCAUCACAUUUUAUGAUUGGGGAACAAUAUGUUGCAGUUCCUCAAUCAUAUAUUUCAAAUAAUUGUAUUAAAACUAAUAGGUUUGCUUUACAGACUUUACUCCAAGGCUUCUGGAAGCGAUGGCAUCAGGAAUAUCUGACAUCCCUUCAACAUAGACCAAAGUAG